UGCACUUUAAACGUUGCUUUAAACCUCAGAUAAGCUUUAAAGGUACCUUUAAACGCCUAGGGUAGGUCACCUUUAAGCAUUUAAACUGCGGAGUGUAGUGUACCGUUGCAGGCAGUGCGGCGCGGAUUGCUGACAACCAUUCGCCGGUCCGUAACAGUGUUUCGUUUACCACAUCGCGUUUAUUAGAAACUAACAUCAUGGGAGAGAGAGUAAAAAAACGGGACGUCCCGGAGGUCCUCAGGAAGCUUUUAAACGCUGAUGUUCACCUAACGAAAAUUUUCAUACGGUAUAUGGAAAGAUGUAUGCCGUUUGAGCAAGUCAAAGUUCAUUACAAGAUGCUCGAGGUAUCCUGUCAUGGUGUAUUUUGGAUAGCCAGCUGGCUAGCCUUUGUCUGGGUUUUAAAUAGCAGUAAUUUAUACCAGAUGCAAGUUAACUUUAUAAUUGGAUUGUUGUUGGACAUAGUUCUAGUAGCUGUAAUAAAGGCGAUUACCCGUCGACGCCGUCCAGCUGUAAAUGAUGACCCUCUUGCCAUGGGCCCGGACAAGUUCUCAUUUCCAUCAGGCCACGCUUCACGUUCGAUGUUUGUCGUUUAUUUCUUUUUCAAUUUAUGGCCAGUUAGUUGGAUUUUCCGGCUGCCGAUGCUCGCGUGGCUAGUGUCCGUCUGCGCGUCCCGAAUUUUACUCUUCAGGCACUAUUUAUUGGACAUUCUAGCAGGAGUGUGUUUGGGCAUACUCGAAGGACUUUUCAUUGGACUUAUUUACCUGGACCAAGAGACCUGCGUUUCUUUGAUAUCUUGGAUAUCGGACGAAAAAGUGGAGGGUGGUGAAUAUCACGUUUAAAUUGGAAUAUUAUUGUUUCGACUGACAUAUUAGGCAUGAAAUUCGUGAGGCGUUUGUGGAAUACAGUUUGUAAAUUUUAAAGGUUUGUUUGCUCAGAUGCAAAUAUUGAUAACUUUAGGGUAUCUAUUUUUCCCUCAAUGUGAUAACUCCUUUAUGACUCAUAUGAUGUUGUUUCCUGUGAUCAUCCCCCAAUGUUUUUUUAAACGCUAGCAGGUGCCCCUUCCAGUCAAUCGAGGGGUACAGCACAACUUUGAAUACCUCAGUCGAAGUUCACAGAGGCAUGGUGUCGAUGUAUUUGAAAAAUUUUCAUGAAAAUUUGAAUUUUUCAAAUCACAAAAGUUUAUAAAUAUUUUUUUACGUAUGGUAUAGUAUAAUAUACUUCACGAAUUAAUAAAUAGACUACGUUGAUCGAUAUCGUUAUA